CUUCUCUGCUCUGCCACCUCUGGCUGCCGGUGGCUCCCGGGGAUGGAUGCUGUGUGCCCUGGGGUCGGGCUGGGUGUCACUGCUGGCCCUGCUGGGCGCCCUGUCCCUGUGCUGGGUUGGUGGCUGCGAUCUUUGGUGGCUGAUUUUGGAGUGCUGCAGCCCCUCCUGGGAGCUGUCUGCUGCUUAUGGAGAGGUCUUGGCACCUUUAGGAGCGCUUUCAAGAGGGAAAUCUCGUUUUUAUGACCUGUGAUGUGUCAAAAUGGGCCAGGGGUAAGCUGUGGCAGAGCCCACGCUGUUCCUUAGUCGUAGGUAAAUAUUGAGCUAAGGCUUUGCCUGCCUAUAAAAUUAGAGCUUCUUUUUCCUAUAGAAGACCUUUCGUCAGCUCUUCUCAGGGCCCUGAUACCGUGAGUCAAGGAAACGCUGUAUGUCUUCUUCAUGGUCAAUUAAGUUUGCUUUAAAAUUCUUUACAGCAGCUGCUCAUGAUGAUGUUGAGCCACCCCAUAAAGAUACCUAUCUAUCCCAGCCCAGGAAAAUCUCCAUGGGUGGGACAGGGAAGGGUGAAGAGCUGUUCUGCAUUCGUUUUUCAGUUUCUUCCCCGCUGCCCCCAUAGCACAGUGCUCCCCCCAUCACCUCUGUACCACCCCCUGGGUGGUGGGAUGGCUCUGCUCCCACCUGAGUGUGCCAGAAGCCACCCUGGAGCUGGGAUACGUGCCUAACCCACAUCUCCUUUUGGCAAACCACACCGUGUUCUGUGUGCAUCCUUUAUCCCCAGAGGAAUGAGCAUCUCCUCCAGGCAGGAGCUGCUGUGGGAAUGCCAAUGCCACCCAGCCUGCACCAGCAGCCUGCAGUGAGGGGUACGUGGGGCUGGAGGCGGCUCUUGGACUGCUGCCUCUUGUCUGGAGCACUGCGAGGUGAGGCCUUGGCAGUGUGGGUGCUGCUGUGUGCUCAGCCAAGGCAACCAGCUGACAUCUGAUGGAUUCCUCUGGUAAUUGAAGCCGUAAAUCCCGCAGAGCUGUUUGAUUUCAUAUCGGCUCUGGAGCCCUUUAUCCCCACCCCACUGCUCUCAGUGCCCCUAGGGAGGGCUGCGGGUGGCCCAUUGCGCAGCGCUGGGUUGGGGAGUGCCAGGAUUGUGCCACCCGUGUGCUCUGCCCACCUCCACUGGGUUCUUCUGCUGAGCCUGUGGGGCUUGCUGAAGUGCCCAUUUCUCACUGUGAUCCCCUUCAAAUCCACCUCUGCUGCAGUGCCCCACAUUCCUGCACGUGUGUGGGGUGAGCUAUGGCGGUGCUCCCAGUGGUGCUGGAGUGGGUAGCAUGGGAGGUGUCUUCUUGCUGCAUCAGCCUUCUGUUCCCAAAUUUCCAAGUUACAAUGGAAGCACGCAAAGAUACCGUGUGUUCUGUGACCCCCUUGCUGGCACCAAAGGAUGGGCACCCCUGAGGCAGGGUCCCCAGAGUAGAGUGCAGGGGAGCAGAGCACCUUUUGCUUUGCAGCUGUGGGGGCUUGUGUGCAGCGGGGCUGUGGCACUGCGUUCUGCUCCUUGCAGACCUUUGGCCCUUUGCUGCGUUCCGUUUGAUCCGUGCUGGGUGUUUGCUGUGCAGCACUGGGGUGAGAAGCUUUGUGCCAAAGUUUCAGCCCGCGGCGAGGGCGGUGCGUCGGCACAGCUUCUAAGCGUGGUGAUAACGCUCCGCCCUGGGGUGUUGUGGAGGUAAUGCUGUGCAGACAUCAAAGGAAAGGGGCUUUUUCUCGUCUCUUUGAGGAGAAACCCCAAAUCUCACCUGGGGAUGCUGUGGGAGCAGCGAGCAUCCAGCUUCCAUGUGAGCUGGGUCUGUGCACGCCGUGCUGCUUUGGGAUGCUGCUGUAGGUCAGGCACUGCCAGGCUGGGUUCAUUCCCAAACCCCUCCUUCGUGGCCUCUGUGUGGGGCCAGGUGUGCUCUGCUUUGCUCCCCAGACCACUCUGUCUGCCUCUGCCUUGGGUUGGUUUUGCAUAAAGGCUGGCUUGUGCCUACAAGCCUGGAGAGAAGGAUCACAAAGAGGAGGGGAAAAAAGAGAAGUAUUUAAAAAGAGAGCUGGAAUGUAAAAGCAAACAGCGGGCUGAGAGCAUGCUUAGUGCUGCUGGAGCAUCUCGCCCUCGGGGAGGGGAGCACCACUUGUGCAGGGCUCUGCUGGCACAGUUGGUGCUGGGGCAGAAGCCAACAGGAGGGAUUUUUGCUCAGCGUUGGCUCUGGGCUCCCAGGGAGCAGCUCUGCAGGGCGCACAGCAAUGGGGCAUCCGUGGGUUUUUCCCAUCCCUCCUCUAAAUGUGUUUCCUUUUCCGGUGCCCACAUCAGCUUUCAGGGGUUGUUACCCUUUGUUUGCUACCUGCGUUUUAUGGAGGAGAUAAGACUCAGCCCCAGACAGGUGAUUGUGCAAGGAGCAAGCAGCACCUUUUCCUAUCCCUUAUCAGCACUGUCCAGGUGUUCUUAUGUGCUCCGCAUCCUGUCUCAGUUUGUCUCUUACCUCCUGCUGGUGAUCAGGGAGGUGAGAGCCGGGAUCCAGUGGUCCAUCCUGCUUCUCCCCUCCAUCAUCUGUUUCCUGGAGAGAUCCCAAAGCCCGCAGCAAAUGCCGGCUGCCCCCUCAUGCUGUGGCUGCUCUGGGCUGACUUGGGGACGUGCCAUCCCUCGGGCGGUGGCUGCGGUGCAGCCCUGGGUGAUGAAUGCGACAGCGCAAGCAGCUCCACACCCUGCUGGGAGAUGUGCCAAGGGCAGGUUGUGCUCUGGGGUGAGAAAGUCGGGCUGGAGGUGCCCAUCUACGUGGCACAGAGCUGGAGCCAUCCUCGAGGGCAGCGAGCUUUCCUGGGGGCGAUCCCCAAAUCUCCCCAUGGUGAGCGGCAGUGGCUGCGAUGAGAACCCCGGCCCUUGGCUGAUGCCCGCCCUGCUGAUAAAGAUGAUCAAUAAGUCCCGAGGGAAGAUACUGGGAGUGCUGGCGCUGUUUCUGGUGAUGGUGUGGUACUCGAUAUAUCGGGAGGACAGCUUUUAUUUCCCCGUGCAAGAAAACAAGACCGUGUGUCCCAUUGGGGAGGUGGAGAGGAAGGCAGCACAGCUCAUAGGGAACUACACGAGGGACCGCCCGCUCUUCCUGCAGCUGAAGGAUUACUUCUGGGUGAGGACGCCGUCGCUCUACGAGCUGCCCUAUGGCACCAAAGGCAGCGAGGAUGUCCUCCUGCGCCUGCUGUCGGUCACCAGUUACCCGCUGCCCGAGAGCAUCCAGAGCCUGAAGUGCCGGAGGUGCGUGGUGGUGGGCAAUGGGCACCGACUCCGCAACAGCUCCAUGGGGGACACCAUCAACACCUACGACGUGGUGAUCAGGCUGAACAACGCGCCGGUGCACGGCUAUGAGCAGGAUGUGGGCUCCAAGACCACCAUGCGGCUCUUCUACCCCGAGUCAGCCCACUUCGACCCCCAGGCAGAGAACAACCCCGACACGCUGCUGGUGCUGGUGCCCUUCAAGCCCAUGGACUUCCAGUGGAUGGAGGCCAUCCUCAACGACAAGAAGAGGGUUCGUAAAGGGUUUUGGAAGCAGCCCCCGUUGAUCUGGGAUGCCAACCCGGAGCAAGUGCGCAUCCUCAACCCUUACUACAUGGAAGUAACUGCUGCUAAACUGCUCAGCCUCCCCAUGAAGCAGCCACGGAAGGUCAAACAGAAACCAACCACAGGGCUGUUGGCCAUCACCUUGGCUCUCCACUUCUGCGACCUGGUGCACAUUGCAGGCUUUGGGUACCCUGACUCAGCCAACAAGAAGCAAACCAUCCACUACUACGAGCAGAUCACGCUCAAGUCCAUGGCUGCCUCGGAGCACAACAUCUCACACGAGGCGGUGGCCAUCAAGCGCAUGCUGGAGCUGGGACUGGUCAAGAACCUCACGUACUUCUGAGUGCAAUGGGGCUGCGCAGGGACACGUCCCCACCUCGGAGCCCGCCGAGGUCCUGGAGCAGCCGGUGUCCCUGUGCCCAUCACGAUGCUGGUGGCACUGUGGGGGCCACGCCGGCUCGCCGGCCCCAGGGGCGCAGGGAGCCCCUCAACGGGGACUUUUCGUAUGGAAACACUGAAACUAGUGAGGACUGGGGAGGGAUUCUGGGGAGGAUGGAGGGAACCUCCCCCCAGCAGGUCUGGGGGGCACGGCAGGGUGCAUUGGAGCCCCCCUCUUCCCUUGGAUACUCUUGCAUUCGGGAUGAGGAGCCUGAGGAGGGGCUGAUGGGGGGUCCUGGGGGAGUCCCCUGUGGGUGGGAGGCUGAGUUGCAGCCCCCUCCCAGCUGGGCACCCUAAAUAUUUAAUUCCUCCCUUCUUCCCCCCUCCUCUUUUUAAUUUUCUUUUUACACAUUGGCCCAGCCUCAUGCCUUAGUGCUGGUGUGGGGGGCUCAGCCCUGCAGCACCCUUUGGUGGCCCGUGAGGGGGCGUGGGGGUGACACAGCGGUGCAGAUUAAUUUAAUUAAUUUAAAAGAUUAUUUAUCAUGGGGCCUCCCUCCUCUGUGGCCUCGUGCAGGGGGGGCUCCCCCCUCCCCAAAGGUGCCUUUUGUCCCACCAUCGGCGCCUUGCUCACAUGGGAUCCUGCAUCCCCCAGGAUUUGGGGAAGGGGGGCCCUGGGACCCAUGGAC